GAGCCCCAGGGGCCCCUAGUCGGCUCCCCACCCUGAAGACAAGCAAGAGCCUUAAAAUACAUUACUGGAGGCCUGCGCCGCGGCGCGACUGCUCAGCGCCGGACGGAGAAACGGCUCUAAUCGCCGGUGGAAUACAUGAUAUUGUGAUUCUAUGAAAAGUUAACUUGGCUCCCGUGCGGGGCGCGCGUGGGGGGGACAUCGUAGAGCACGGGCUCCUCAGCAAUGGGCUCGCGAUAGAGCGCCUGCCAGAUGCGUGUCGAGCGGUGUGAACAUGUCACUGUUGUAACGUGUUGUCGUGAGCGUGACAUGUCCCGCUUCAGCGCCGCGACACGGUGAAGCGAGGAGGACCACUAUCCACGAGGAAAACCGCGGCCGGGCCAGUGAUGGAAGAGAAAGAACCGGGGGGAAGCGAGCCCGUGGACCUCCGGUGUGCCGAGCAGGCUGAGCUGCUCUCAUUAAUAAUAAGCGGAGAGGAGGAAGCGACGCAAGAGGAGAGUGACUUGGGAGACGAGGACAGCCUUGCCAAUGGCCAUGGUAAGGAGGAGUCAGAGGCCGGCGUGGUCACACCCGUCACAUCUCCAGGCACCAGCUACUGGAACAUCACAGAGGGCCUGGACCAACCGUUCCUCCUCUCCCCGGCCCCCGGGCCCUCCGCACGUAAGCCCAGGGUCCAGAGGGCCUCCCGUCCGGGCCUGAGCCGGAUCCCGGGACGAGACCACCGCCGCUACUACCACGAGUACUGGCGCUGCGAGUACCUGAUGGACUUCGACCCCCAGCGGCACGGGAUGAUCUGCAUGGUGUGCGGCAGCUCACUGGCCACCCUGAAGCUCAGCACCAUCAAGAGGCACAUCCGGCAGAAGCACCCCGACUCCCUGCUUUGGAGCGCAGCCGACAAGGAGGUCAUCCGCUCCGGGUGGGAGAGCCACCUGAGCCUGGGGGGAGUUCAGAGGUCAUACGGCUCCGCCGCUGCGCCGUCGCCUCCGGAAAAAGAGGAGCAGCCGGACUCGAACCAUCAUGCUGCCGCCGAACCCUCGGAGCCGGUGACGCCCCAAGAGCAGCCAGAACAACCCCCCAGUCUGCCCCCCAGCUCCGAGGAGGGAGAAGCCCCCCAGCCCCAGGAGGAGGAGGAGGAGCCGCAGGACCUGGCGGGGCCGUCGGCCCAGACCCUGGAGCGCUACCUGAACGACUCGCUGCACGCCUGGUUCCGCCAGGAGUUCCUGAUGGAGUACGAGGCGGAGGCCAGUCGGCUGCUGUGCAUGGUGUGCGGGGGCGAGCUGCCCUCGCUUCACUUGGACCACAUCAAGAGCCACGUGCUGGACACCCACCCCAACUCCUUGGUCUACAGCUCUGUGGAGAAGCACUGCAUCCUGCAGGCCUGGGCUCAGGCUCACGAUCAGUCAGAAACCUCAAUCAAAUCAGAGCCCAACACCAAAGAAGGCGGGUUGGACCUCUUUGCUCAGGAAGUGAAGGCCAUGCAGAUCAACACAGACUCGUACCCAGACGGCGACGGCACUUUAACUCAGGACGCUUACUUCAUCGGUGAGAACGGAGGCGUCAGAGCGCCACAGCGAGGAGCCCCGCCCCUCCGGCAGCCCAGGAAGAGGCGGCUGCACGAGGGCGACCCGUGGCGGCUCCGCCUCGACUACCUGGUGGCCCACGGGCCUCAGGGCCGCGGCGCCUUCUGCAUGGUGUGUUCUCAGGUCCUGCACGAGAUCAAGGUCAGCAGCUUCCGCCGCCACAUCCAGGAGUGUCACCCUGAGACGACGACCCUGAGCCGGCAAGAAAGGGAAGCCAUGGCUGCUGCCUGGACCAAAGAUUAUUCUAGUGAAAGCCCGCAAGUUCAAGACGCAGAAACCAACCCGGGCGAAGCGGAUGUCUUAAACAUCGCGGCCGAGAUGAACGAGGACACCUCCCCCGGUGUGAGAGCGCAGGGCAAAGCUGUGAAGAAGGAGGAGGGUGUGAGUGGCGGCGGGAAAAGUAAAGCGCGGGACGACAGCGCCGCGCCCUCCCGCCACGGCCACUACCCCGGCAAGGACCAGAGGAGGAACUACCAGGUGCGCUGGCGGAUGGAGUACCUGAUGGAUUACGACUGCCGCCGACACGGGCUCAUCUGCAUGGUGUGCGGCGCCACUCUUGCCACGCUGAAGGUCAGCACCAUCAAAAGGCAUGUCCAGCAGGUGCACCCCCACUCCCUGGACUACAGCCCGGAGGAGAAGCAGCAGGCGCUGCUGAGCUACAACCAGGCCGCCCUGCACUUCAUCCACUCCGACGACUGCUUCUCCUCCCAGGACCACGGACACACCGAGCUGGCUCCCGCUCCGGCACACUUUGGCACUUAAAAAGGGUUUCCGCCCGUAGCUUUCCCCCCCCUCCCUUUCAGAAGCAGCCCUCCACCUUCUCUCUGAAAGGGAAAUUGAAGUAUUUGCCAAACAGGGUCUUAUUCUCGCUCCUUUGCCCCCUCUGACUUUGUUCCAAAUUUCCCCAAAUCUCUGCAUUGCAGCUGCAGAAUGAAAUGUAAACAUAACCGGGUGUCAUGAUGGAUGAACAUCUGAGAGUAUGCAGGUAGCAACUGCCACAAAGGAAAUGUCACAACCGGAAAAUAAUGCCAUGGCAGAAAAAUGAAAGUCAUUUGAAACUAGAAAGAAAGUUGACCUCCGAACCUAUCUCACAGAACCCGGUUCCUUGGGUCCUCUUAUAGCAAUCAUGUGAUUCUAACAUCAGUCGGCUAGGAUCUGGAGCCGGUGACUCCUGCACAUUGACCCAGGGAAACUUUUGACCUCGCUGAGCUGAGACCACGUCUCUGGCUGGGGAGCAUUAUGGCAAUUAAAGCCAUCCAGCCCUGCGAGUAGUCACGACCCAACCAACCAACCCAUCAGUAGAUAAACACUCUGGUCGGACCAGUCCCUGAUACUGAAACAGGGCUUUAGAUUUGAAAACUCUAAAGUGUCUGGACUCUUAUUUGUACAACAAUUGGCAUAUUUGUAUGCAAUUUCAUGACUCCAAUUUGUUCAUAUAUUGACUCAUAUUGUUUUUUAUUUAUCUCAGGCCCAGGUGGGGUCCCAUUAAGGGUCACAGGAGGGGUCCCGGGAAGGGGUCCAGGGCUUGCUUGAGUCUUACGCUCUCAGGAAGUUAGAGUCUUCGUUGAGGCCGAGGUGAAUUAGUUUUACGAUAAUGUGUCUGAAGACAACACAGCACUUUGUCCCCAAAAAGAGUACUCGCCCGAGCUUUCCUUCUGUGCAGCCGACUGAAUGAGACUGUUUGAUGUAAUGCUGAAGACAAUGAAUGCCAGAGGGCAGUCCCCUUUCUCCCGUCUAUUUAAUUCCUUGUUUACAGUGAAGGAGAUGGACGUCCUCGUCUGUCGCCCAUUAUAAUGAGAUAUGUUAUCUCCGUCAGUCUGCAUCCCUUCCAUCAUCUACAUCCUAGCUAAAACUGCACAAAAAAGAAUAUGUAAAUAUAUGAAAAAAUAGAAAUAUUUUUCCUUUAUACAAGCACUUUUAUGCACCCGAGUUUCUACAAAGUGUGUUUGUAAUUAUGUCCAGUUUUUCUACUUCAUUCAAGAUUUCGCUGACGCCGUUCUUUAACGGCAGGAGGAACGCUCGUUGGACUUUUGCUUUGAAGACUUUGCUACAGCUUUGCUUUUUUUUUUCAUUCAGUGUACAAAAUGUGUGCAACAGGAGAUGCUGUAGAAAAGCUUCCAGCUGUCGGAGAAAGAAACGUCUGCCAUGAAAAAGUCACGUCUUCACCUGGAAAAUGUAACUCAGGGAUUCUGUUCUGACCCACAACCAUUUCAUCAGUAGUCUUUAAGUCCCAUCGGAAGAUACUGGAUCCAAGUCUGGUUGUAGAAGAGCACAGUGUUGAGAAAAACUCAUGAUUUCAGUGUAUUUUGGGAGAAAAUUCAUUUCAGAAUAAAGUCUGAAUUUAAGAAAAAAAAAUACAAAUAAUUUGAGAACAUUUUGAGAAGAAUAUUAUCUAAUCAUUUUUUUUAUAUUUGGAGAAUGGAGUUGGAAGAAAGGAAAAAAAGUCAUUACAAAUGGCAUUUUGAGCAAAAUGUCAUAUUACGCAAAAAAAGUCUUCGUACUUAAAGUAUGAAAUGUUCAAUAUAAAGUCGAACAUUUCGAAAAUAAAGUCGCAAUAGAACAAAAGAAAGCCUGUAAUAACUUAAGAAUAAAGUCUGAAGAUCUCGAGACAAAAAAAUGAGAAUGAGGUCAUAAUUCAAAUUGUAAUUUUCCUGCAUUGAACCGCCAGGAUUGAAAUCCCCUCACUGUUGCUCUGUUGUACGUUGACAGAAUUUACUCAGGUGAAGCUUUUGAUACAAAGUGAAAUAAAGGACACAGUCUGACGGCAAAGACACGCUGUCAUAUUCCCAUUUCAUUGGUCCUUUCUGGCUAAGAACACGCCCCCACAUCACUCCAGAUGAGUUCUGAGAUGGAUAGCACUUAAAUAUUUAAAAUGAAGUAAGUUCCAGUGAAAUGAAUGAGGGAGCAUGUGAUGCAUUUGUGUGUGUGUGUUUCUACUGUGUAUGUGUAUGCUGGUGAGGAGAGGUUCUCUUUGGCUUCUCAUUGUUCCCUCACCUCGUCUGUUCACCUUUCAUUUGUAUAUGGCCGAUGUGUGACAUAAAUUAUCUCCAUCAUGUUUGAAUAAAUACUCAACACUGCCCCCUGUGAA